AUGCGCGCCAGACCGCUCGGCGAUCUCCAGGGAACGUCCAUGACCUCCGCGCUGCUCCAGUUCGUCUCAGAGAAGGAGGGAUUCAAUGACGUCAACAUAGCAACCAUCCUUUCCCCGACUAACCAGGCGUGGGGAUCGGCUGUGAGCGGUUACAACAAGACGCUGGACCCCCCUGGCUCCUCAGACAUCAUUCUCGAGGCGCUUAUAGCAGUCAGGGACAGCGGUGGGGCUCCCGGCAAGCUAUAUGGCGCGUCGUCGGGCGCGCAGAACGUGCUGCUUCGUCUCAUGAAGCAGCUUUCUGUGAACGUCAGCGGCAUUACCGAUGCCAUCGUCAACGUGAGUAUGGUGUGUCCUAAGCAUGACCUCUGCAUGCCGGCCGGCGCAUACGGCGCGAACAAUAGGUCAGUUCCCAAGGGUCUCGCGAACGACACCGACGCCAAGUAUGACGGCACGCAGUACGCGUACGGUCGCAUCAUUCGCAGCGAGAAGCUUGUCGCGAACGCCAAGAAUCAGACGGUCAACAGCAAGUCCAAGGCGGACACUGAUCUCAACGACAUCUCCGUCGUUCUCUUCCCGGGAACCGUCCAGCUCACCGACACGGGUGCCACCGCACCCAUCGGCUGGAACAACCCUGACAGUCCAGGUAACUCUCUCUCUCCACUGAAGCCUCUCGUGUUGACGCUGCUGCUUCUGCUUGCUGUUCUAGUUAUUUAA